CUUUGGUAAAUUGAUGAUAAAUUUUGCAGUGACACGUUGGGUUCUAAGAAUUUAUGUCCACAAACGCCUUCUCCAGAUUUUGAUCCUUUCUCCAGUUUUACUCUUCUCUCGCUGCUGAAUGCGUUGCGUGUACAGUUAUUAGUGAGUUGUAUUUGCGGAAGCAUGCUGGAUCGAGUUGGAUGGCAGAGUUUCUCCUAGGAAUAGAGCAUAAGAGCAGAACGGUUUGUUCAUCUUCGUGCCUCGGACCUCGGUGAUAUUCUUUGCUGCUCCAGAUUUUUCUGUUUCAACGCAAGCGCUACCCCCACUAGUAUUUAUUAGGGGCCAUCAUAUGAUCCAAAUUGAAAUAAGCAAAGGUGAAUUGUGAAGCAGUAUGCCUCGAUACAAAGACGAGCCUCCUGCAGUCUGUGUUUACACAAUUUGUGAUGAAUCCAAAUAUUUGAUUGUGAGGAAUGUUCCAGCGUUGGGCUGUGGCGAUCAGCUCUCUAAACUAUUCUCCACUUACGGAGAAAUUGAAGAAUGUAAACCAAUGGAUGGUGAAGAUUGCGAGCCGUUUACAGAUGUCUUCUGGAUCAAGUUUUAUCGGGUUGACAAUGCCAGGUUUUCCAAAAGGAAAUUGGACGAGUCUGUUUUCCUCGGGAACAGGUUACAGGUCUCUUAUGCACCUCAAUUUGAGAGUCUGCACGAAACGAAGGAGAAGUUAGAAGCGAGGAGAAAGGAAGUUUUAGCACGAUUAACUCCUGGAAGGUCGAAAGGAUCUGCGACAUAUCGACCGGAUGUGGUUGGUGAGCCCUCUCCAGCUUCCUCACCAGCUCAGUUGAAUUCUAUUGCUCAAUCAGUUGGCGCCAACCAAAGGCAGAGCUCCAAUUUGCAGUAUAACUCUACUCAUGGCAUACAGGGUUCUCCUGUGACAAUGGUUUCUUCAGACAAGGAAUACUUUCCUUCACAAUCAAUGAAUCAAACAGUUAAGCUGGUGAGAGAGAAACUAAAUAAGAUACAAUCCAGUGUGGACCAUUUAGAAGGUGAACCAUCCAAGAGAAAACGUGUUGAUAAUAGGAGAAGGAUAUAAGUGCGGGUGUUGAAAAGAGAAUAUGGCUGCGGAUGAGUUUUUUCUUUUUUUCAUGCUGUCUGCAGAAUAUGUCGACUCUGGUUAAACCAUUACUUUUUCUCAAUUCAAGUCCAUGGUGUCCAGAAUUUUCUAUGGCAUUCUUCACCAACUGAGUAUCAAGAAAGACGACUUUGUUCUAUUUUUGCGCUCAA